CACGUGUCGCCAUCCCAUAUGCUCCCCCUCCCUUCUUCUUCUAUCCAUCUCCCUCCGUCCCCUCCGUCCCCUCCGUCCUUCUCUCUCUGUCUCUUCGAGCCUGUCUCUCUGCGUGCGCGAGUGUUAUUGGUGAAUGAGAGAGAGAAGAGAGAGGGAUUCGCCGUUCCAGAUCAAUAAGUAUCGGAGGGGUAAUGGAGCAGCAGCCCGAGGAGGAGGAGCAGCAGCUCGAGCGGUUCGACUCGGAGAGCUCCGGCGUGCUGUCGACACUGACCAUCGCCGAGGAUCCCGUCAGCGCCAGCGGCAGCUCCGGCGACCUGUUCUCCUCGAGCGGCCUGGGGAGCAGCAGCGGGAGCGGCAGCAGCAGCAGCAGCAGCAGCAGCAGCAGCAGCAGCGGCGGGAGCUCCGGCGAGAUCCCGGGGAUCCUGUGCGCGGAGGCGGCGGCGGCGUCGGGGUCGGCGUCGUCGGCCCCGAGGAGGCCGCUGCUCUCGGCGGGGCCGGCUCGGUCGGGGGAGGGGCUGGCGGAGGCGAUGGAGACGGAAGACGCCGCCGCCGUAGCGGCGGCGGCGGGGAGCGGGCGGCACAAGUGCGUGGGGCGGAACAACAGGGGGGUGGCGUGGGGGUUCACUUCGGUCAUCGGGCGGCGGAAGGAGAUGGAGGACACCGUCGCGGUGGUGCCGGGGUUCAUGUCCCGCGCGUGCGGCCACGUGGGGGGCUGCUCGGCCCCCGGCUCGAGGGCCUCCGGCGAGAUCUCGCCCGUCCAUUUCUUCGGCGUGUACGACGGCCACGGCGGCUCCCAGGUGGCCCAAUUCUGUGCUGCGCGAAUGCAUGAAGUUAUAGCCGAAGAAUGGAACAGGGAAGCAAUGGAUGGGUUUGAGUGGCAGAGAAAGUGGGAAGCAGCUUUUUCUACUGGUUUCGAGAGGGCUGACAAUGAAGUCAUGACUGCGGCGGCUGCACCUGAAAUGGUAGGAUCAACUGCGGUUGUCGUGAUUCUGUCCGGCUGUCAGAUAAUCGCUUCCAAUUGUGGUGACUCAAGAGCAAUUCUUUGCCGUGGGACUCAAACAAUCCCCUUGACUGUUGAUCAAAAGCCAGAUAGACAUGAUGAACUGACGAGGAUUGAAGAAACAGGAGGGAGAGUCAUAAACUGGAAUGGUGCUAGGGUGUUUGGAGUACUUGCUAUGUCCAGAGCUAUAGGUGACCGGUAUCUGAGGCCGUGGAUUAUUCCAGUGCCUGAAAUCACUUUUACGACAAGAAGGGAUGAGGAUGAAUGUUUGAUUUUGGCGAGCGAUGGGCUCUGGGAUGUCAUGACUAAUGAUGAGGUUGGAGAGGUGGCUCGGCGCCUACUAAGGAGGCGCCGUCGCCUCAUGAUGGUCGAUGAAAUCUCUCCAGCACAAGCUGUAGCUGAUUAUCUUACUGAGAUAGCCAAAGGGAGGAACAGUUCUGAUAAUAUAUCAAUUAUUGUUGUUGAUUUGAAAGCAAAGAGAAAGCGCCAGCAAAGGCCACAUGAGGGUUGAAGAUACGAUCUUUCUCCCUUAUUACUUUCAUCCCAUUACUUUCCAGUUCUAAUAUCCAGAGAUAAGGAGACCAGGAAUGAUCUAAGUGAUAUUUUGCAUUUCGCAAUGACUAAUGGAACGACUUUAGCUUGGAUAGCUAUCAUCCCAACCUGUACAGAGCUGACUGGCAAAAAGUUAUCACUUCCUGGAACCAGAAUCGGUUGUCGCCAUGUAACACUAGGUCAAUCCUCAAUUUUAGUUGGUUUGGUCAAAAGGAAAAAGAUGAGGAAGCAAGCAUUGUUCUAUAGGAAGCAAGCACUGUUCUAUGUAACGUCUUCAACGAUUAUCCUACAAAUGAAAGCCAAAUUGUUUUUCUUUGCA